AUGAAAAUUAUUAUUUAUUUAUUUGUUUUAAUGUUUGCAGUAUUUUGUAUUAAUGCUAUCACAGAGUCACCUCUCAGCGCUCAAACUCCUUCAUUUACACCAUGCCAUUCAUUGCAAUCUGAAAGUGCUUCAAGCAAUGGCGGUAGUAACAACGUUGGAAGCCAAACUGAUAGUAGAAGCAUAUCAAGUGAAAGUCAAAGUGCCUCAGGUCAAAACACUGCCAGCCAAAGUUCAAGUCAAAGUGCAAGUCAAAGUGCAAGUCAAAGUGCAAGUCAAAGUGCCUCAAGUGGAAAUGCUGCAAGUCAAAGUGCAAGUCAAAGUGCAAGUCAAAGUGGAAGUCAAAGUGGAAGCCAAAGUGGAAGCCAAAGUGCCUCAAGUCAAAAUGCUGCAAGUCAAAGUGUUGCAAGUGGAAGCCAAAGUGUUGCAAGUGGAAGCCAAAGUGUUGCAAGUGGAAGCCAAAGUGUUGCUAGUGGAAGCCAAAGUGUCUCGUGUCAAAAUUCUGUUAGUCACAGUCCAAGUCAAAGUGCAAGUCAAAGUGACAGUCAAAUUUCAAGCCAAGGUGUAGUCAGUCAAAGUGCCACUCAAAGUGCCAGUCAAAGUUCAAGCCAAGGAUCCAGUCAAAGUGUUAAUCAAAGCGCUAGUCAAAGUGCUAAUCAUAGCGCUAGUCAAAGUGCAAACCAAAGUGUUGCAAGUCAAGGUUCUGCAAAUCAAAGUGCAAGUCAAAGUGUUUCAAGCCAAAGUGCCAGUCAAAGCGCAAGUCAAAGCGCUAGUCAAAGUGCAAGUCAAAGUGUUUAA